UAAGGAGACCAAUGAAGAUGACUGCUCGGGAGUUGGAAUGCGCCGCUACUGCACGUUGGAGGGUCUACAGCCAUUCAGCCAGACAGGGGUCCUCCCCACGCAAGAGGUGAUGUCACAGCGUCUUUACCCGCCCUCAUCAGUCACCUCGUGUCCUCUAUCUCAUCACCAGAAAUGCACAGGUAUAGAUGGCCAGCAACUUGACAGAUGUCUUGCUGCGUCUUCGGAUGGGCGCGCUGAUUCCGCAACCCGAUUUGGGCUUCCUCAGGCAUCCAGAUUACGAGAUGACCAUCAUCUCUUGUCACCCCUGCUCCCAUUCGUCUCAGCCCUACCGCGGGGGCCGGGGACCGAUCGCCUGAAACAGAUCGCCGUUGGUUCCUGGCAGGCACACUUGGAGCGAGACCAGCUGAGUUCCACGUGGAAAGCCCGAACUGCACUCACAACAGCCACCAAUCAGCAACUCGGCAAACAGUCGGUGACAUCGGAGCGGUCUUGACCAGACUCAUACCCUAGAGUGGCAUUGUCAUUCAUCAUCCCUACAUGCAAAACACCAAGACAGGCAUCCCUCUUAGCUCAGCGAUGCCACCUCCAUUGGUUCAAAUGCACCGCGCCCACCUGUCCAUUCUCCCGGAACAUAAACGCGGCUCCUCACUCAUGGCUUGACUGCUUACAACUCGCGCCCGACUCUGACUACGAGGCUCGUUCUUGUUUGGAUCCCACCUCCAACAUACAGGAAUAUCCGUGGUGCAUCGCGGAUUGUUUCGCUGUGCCACUAUAAUGCGCUAAAAUCUGACUGCAAUCAUGAGGGUGGAAUCAAGACCUCAGAGACCCAUGUAUUUUCUCAGGCAACAACUCAAGAUGUCAGGAAAGAGAGUAGACGGUCAAUACUCGAAAUGAGCUCAGGACGAAUCUAUGCCUAGCCCACUCAUCCAUUCCACCCUUCAUCUCAUGACGGCAUGAUGCCUCAUGGUGCGUCUUGAUUAUUCAAACCCACAAAUUCGACGUUAUACGGUGCCUUGCCAGUCAACCACUGCAAGCCAUGACAUGCCUGAUCCUGAGCCUUGAUUCUGUGCACCUAAGAUAGCAACAAGCUUGACCAGUGGUGAUAUUGUUCCCAGAAAGUUCAUCACCCAACGCUCCGUGAGUGAGGGGUUGCAACCAACAGUUUACUGGCUUUGCAGACAGAGGGCUCGCGCAUGUUCCUCUCCAAGAGCGAACAAGACCAAGAGAUCCAGCACAUGAGAACUAUCUCUUCUGCCCAGGAGAUGCACUCGAUAACUCCCCGAGCCGCACUGUCCGUUGGUCCAUGGUCACUCCGGCACAUAGCGUACCAUGGCCACCGAACCCAUUCUUGCCUUUUGUUUGGGGCGUCUUUUCAAGCUUCGCCCGUCUGACUCUGCCCACCACCCGGUCAUCUUUAUACUGAUCUGGUGAGUCCACCCGGUAAGAGCCCCAACAUUAUCUGUCGUCCUGUCUGCAAACAUGAUUGGAUGGCAUGUCUUGUCUCUUCUUCGAGUACACUAGGUUGGGUGCCAUUCCGGUUAGCCUAGGGCUGUCCCUGACCCGGUAGACUGGGAGAGUGUGGAGGGGUGAAGAGUACCGUCAGUAUGGUGCCGUUACCUAUCCACUUUUGGACCAGGCAGUCACUUUCUCAAGUUUGAAUCCAAGACCACCGCAUCUUCAAGAUUCCAGACCAUCAGACUUAUAUCUACAUCAGGCUCGCCCAGCUCCAUCAUCAGUCACUGUACAUCUCACUACCAUCAGUUCAGUCACUUACACACACACUGACUUAACCUGCUCUCGUUCACACCAAAACCCACCAUGUCAUCUUCGCGCUCACGUCGAACUGGACACAAGUUUGGAAGCUCGAGUGCAUCCGGCUCAUCAGCGCGCCAGAUCAUCGAGUCUCUCCUUACCCACCGCAUCAACACCUUGACUGAGCUCUGUCGUGUGGAACGCUUGGUAGCGAAUGCCGAGACAGAGGAUGAUCAACUAGCUUUCCAGGAACCCAUGACCUCGGCUUGGAUCUACUACGUCGAAUCAAAUCAGAUGCUUUCCGAGCUCCGGGGGCUCACCCCCAACUACGCCUUUUCCGGGGAAAUGUUGACGUACGCCCAGGGCCUGGUCCGAAACGACCCGCAAUCCAACAGGAGCUGGAACUUCGCCUGGAUGGUACUAGAAAAGAUCACAGAGGAGAAUCUGGUGGCCACCUAUGCUGAAAUCGAAGCAGCCAGGCCUGAAAUGUGGGGCGAUGUCGUGCCAGACGAUCAGCAGAUACAGGAGCUGGCAGCCUACUUUUCUCAAGAGUGGACUUAUGCCAUCAACUGGAUGUUGCAGCACUGGACCACUGCCCCAGUGUGGUACUGAGUACAUUGAGUACACCUUGGCUGUUCGCAGCGUACAACCGAACUCCUACGGUCAUACAGGCCUGACGGAAAACUUUCAUUCUUCCCUCCAUUCGUUUCGCUUGUUGUAGUUUUUUCACAUGUAUGACUUACCGGUACACCAUCAUAGAGGAGGAAAUUUGCACCGGUCCGUUGUCUGAAGGGGUGCUUGUGGUCUGGUUUAUCUCCCUGCUAUAGAUUGUCUAAAACACAUUGAACGACAAAUUCACACAACUUUCUAACUUGAAAC